AUGGACGCAGAUGUCGCUCAAUCUCCCGUGGUCUCUUUUCGCCCAGUCAAGAGGCAAAAGUACAUGCGCAAACGAACCCACGAUGAUCUACCGAUACAAAGCCAGGCGACUCGGGAGCAAGAAGCAAGCCCGGCGCAAGAUAGUUCGCUAGGGGAACAAGAACCCAGCGGAAACGAUAUUACAGGCAGCUCAUCCAACGUGGUGCGGUUUCGAAAAUCUCACAGGUUACGAAAGGGUGGAAUCGAGUUUUCCACGAAUAGAAAAGAGGAUCUCGAUCAGAACACUCAACUUGAAUCGGCAUUGGAGGAAACAGAGACGGACAUUUUGAGGGCUAGAUUCGACCGUUUCACAGCUCAUACAGGGCAGCAGGUGGAUGUUGACAAACAUAUGAUGGAAUAUAUAGAAUCGGAACUGUCUAAACGACAGAACCGCAGCCAAAGAGGCGAAGGAUCUACUGCAGCUAGCCGUGCCGAUACAGCAGAUGCCAGUCACUUGCGCAAGGACUCGUUUUCCCGUCGUGAACCCGCUUCCUUGGGCAAGCUCCAGGAGAUUGACCUUGGCCAAGAAGCAAAGUUACAGAAUAUCGCUCGUACUGAAGCUGCAACGCGACUCAUGGUCGGUAAUCCAUCUCUGUCCGCAGUUGGUUCAUCACCAAAUAAGUCACAAGUCGGCAAGGAUAUACAUAUGGGGCGGAAUCGAAUGCGGAAUUGUGAAGACCUUGAACGGGAUAGACUAGUAGAUGAAGUUUUACGAGAAAGCAAAUUGGAUGUAUAUGACGAGCCAGAGCAAGAGCUUUCACAGGAGGAUCAAGCUGCAGACGACCGUAUCGCCGAGCAGUUCCGCCGAGACUUCAUGGAAGCUAUACAGAGUAGACGCCGUACGCGCACUGCUCCAACUACUAAUAAUAGCAAAGUUGCUAAGCCAGAAGCGCCAAGGGGACCCAAGCUGGGUGGAAGCCGCAGUGCUCGGGCAGCAAUGCGAGAAAUGCAAGAGAAAAUCAAAAAGAAACCAAGCUGA